UCCCCGAAAACCCUGAUUCUCCUCUACUUCUUCCUCUUCCUCUCUGACUCCUGAAAAAAAAAGAAAAAUCAAAAAGGCUCGAUCGAAUCGUUGUUCGUCUAUACACUAAUUCCUUCAGAAUCUAGUUGAUUCGAUUAAGCUACCAUACCAUGUCUUAUAGACCGAGCGCGAAGACCGAGGUUCGUAGGAACAGGUACAAGGUAUCUGUUGACGCCGAUGAAGGUCGUCGGAGAAGGGAGGAUAACAUGGUGGAGAUUAGGAAGAACAAGAGAGAGGAGAACUUGCAGAAGAAGAGACGUGAAGGCUUUACUGCUCCCUUGGCGUCACAGCUUGGCCAGGGUUUCUCCUCUUCUCUUCCUACUGAAACCAGAUUGGAGAACUUACAACAGUUGGUUAUCGGAGUAAGCUCGGAAGAUAGAGACGCACAACUGGCGGCGACUGCUGGCUUAAGGAGAUUGCUUUCAAUUGAGCGAAGUCCUCCAAUCACUGAAGUUGUUCAAUCUGGUGUUGUUCCUCGCCUUGUGCAAUUUCUUUCCAGGGAUGACUUCACCCAGCUUCAGUUUGAGGCAGCUUGGGCGCUCACCAAUAUCGCUUCAGGGACGUCUGAGGACACUAAGGUCAUUAUAGAAAGUGGUGCUGUCCCUUCUUUCAUCAAGCUUCUCAGCUCUCCUAGUGAGGAAGUCCGGGAACAGGCUGUUUGGGCAUUGGGAAACGUCGCUGGUGACUCACCAAUAUGCCGUGAUCAUGUCCUCGGUUGCGAUGCCAUGAUGUCUCUUCUGGCUCAAUUCAACGAGCAUUCAAAGCUCUCCUUGCUGAGGAAUGCUACAUGGACAUUAUCAAAUUUCUGCAGAGGGAAGCCGCAACCAGCGAUUGAGCAGACAACACCAGCUUUACCAGUUCUUGAGCGCCUUUUGCAUUCAACCGACGAAGAAGUUCUCACAGAUGCAUCAUGGGCUCUCUCAUAUCUCUCUGAUGGUACAAAUGAGAAAAUACAAACUGUUAUCGACUCUGGUGUCAUCCCUCGCCUUGUUGUGCUCUUAGCUCAUCCGUCGCCCUCAGUUCUGAUUCCAGCUCUCCGUACCAUUGGUAAUAUUGUUACCGGAGAUGAUAUGCAGACUCAGGCGGUUAUAGACAGUCAUGCGCUUCCUGGUCUGUUAAACAUAUUGAAAAACACAUACAAGAAGAGCAUCACGAAGGAAACUUGCUGGACUAUCUCUAACAUUACAGCUGGGAACUCAAGUCAAAUUCAAGAAGUGUUUAAAGCAGGCAUUAUUCAGCCUCUGAUUAACUUGCUUCAGAACGGUCAGUUCGAAAUUAAAAAAGAAGCUGUCUGGGCAAUUUCUAAUGCAACUUCUGGUGGCAGUCCUGACCAAAUCAAGUUUCUCGUGAGCCAAGGCUGCAUUAAACCACUGUGUGAUCUCCUGACCUGUCCUGAGCCAAGGGUCGUCACAGUGACUUUGGAAGGUCUAGAGAACAUUCUGAAAGUUGGUGAAGCCGACGCAGUUGAAGAUAAUGUCUAUGCGCAGAUGAUUGAUGAGGCAGGAGGUCUGGAGAAGAUUGAGAAUCUUCAGAGUCACGAUAAUAAUGACAUUUACGAGAAAGCUGUGAAAAUCCUCGAGUCGUUUUGGGCUGAAGACGACGAGGGUGAAACUGGCGGUGCGGAUGCUCCUCAGACUUAUCAGCAGUCUUCCGGUUUCCAAUUCGGAAACCAGGGUGGUCAUGCUCCUAUAGGUGGUUUCAACUUUGGUUGAAGGUUUAUGUAGUAGAAAGAAUCAAAGUUAUUUUGAGUUGCUUCUGGACUCACGUGGUCGUUUUGAAAUUUGUAGGGUGUUUCAUUUCUUUGGUUACGUUUUGAAUUUUAAAAGAUUGGAUAUUUUUUUUGUCGCAUUUGUGACGGAAAUUAAAGUGUUAUUAUCUUUAUUCUA